AUGUUUAAGGGUCCGUCAUGUUUACAAGGCCGCCGGCAUAGUGAUGGACGUGCUGAUUGGCCCGCGUUCCCUCUACGCCAACUUUUCGUCCUCGCACUAUGCCGAAUCUGCGAGCCAAUCGCAUUCAUGUCUAUCUUCCCCUACGUUUAUCACAUGGUCGAAUCCUUCCACGUGACGGAUAACGACCGUAAGAUUGCCCUCUACGCUGGAAUGAUCACCUCGUCCUUCACGUUCGCCGAGUUCUCUGCUAGCAUGUUCUGGGGCCGGAUGAGCGACAAGAUUGGCAGGAAGCCGGUCCUGGUCAUGGGGCUGAUUGGAACCGCCAUCAGCAUGAUUGUUUUCGGAUUUGCUCCCAACCUGCCCGUCGCCAUGAUUGCCCGAGCCCUCGGAGGUCUGCUGAAUGGGAACAUUGGCGUCCUGCAGACUACGGUGGCGGAGAUCGUGACCGUCAAGGAGCACCAACCCCGGGCCUAUUCGAUUAUGCCAUUUGUCUGGUGCUUGGGCUCUAUCGUUGGUCCGGCGAUGGGCGGUGCGUUGGCAAAACCCUGCGACAGCUAUCCCUGGCUCUUCCAACGCGGCACUAUCUUCGACAGUUUCCCCUUCCUGCUGCCCAACCUCGUCUGCGUUGUCGUCCUGGUACUAGGCAUCGUUGUUGGUUUCCUCUUUCUCGAGGAAACCCAUCCGGAGAAGAAACACCGCCGCGACCCUGGCUUGGAACUCGGUCAUUGGCUGGUUGGAAUAUUCAGCGCCUCGCGUGCGCAGGUGGCCGAGGUCACCGACGCCAAAGCGACGCCAAACACUGUCGCUUUCUACGAGGAACCCUACGAUGCUGAGGAGGUUCCGCCCCCCGCAUACAGGAGCACCGAGUCUUCCCCCCGCUUGGGCCCAACCAAGGAGGUGGACACUUUCUCCGGCGAUGACGACAUUGAAGGGCAGAAGAAGGACCAGCAGUGCGCGACGCCCAAGGCUUUUACGCGGCAGGUGAUCUUCAACAUCAUCGCCUACGGAAUUCUCGCAUACCACAGCGUCUCGUUCGAUCAGUUGAUGCCCGUCUUCUUGAGCACGCCCAAGCCGACUGAGGACACCGCUCUCCCCUUCCGUUUCACGGGCGGCCUCGGCCUUGCCACCAAAACCAUCGGGUUCAUGCUCGCGGUACAAGGCGUCUACUCGAUGAUCGCGCAACUCUGGCUGUUCCCCUUCGUCGUGCGACACUUUGGCACUCUGCGCACCUUCCGCUUCGUCCUCAUGGUCUGGCCGCCACUGUACCUGCUGGUCCCCUACCUGAUUCUGCUGCCCGAAGUCCUGCAGCCCGCCGCGGUCUACGUCGCCCUGAUCUCCAAGAUCACCCUCCAUGUCAUCGCCUUCCCCGCCACGGCCAUCCUACUCGCCAACGCCGCCCCGUCGUCCAAAGUACUGGGUUCCAUCAACGGUGCCGCCGCCUCGACGGCCAGCCUGAGCCGUGCUCUUGGCCCAACCGUCACCGGCCUUCUCCACUCCAAGGGUCUGGAGAGCGGGUAUUCGGUGCUGGCCUGGUGGGCUUGCGGCCUGGUCUGCGUCGUCGGCGUGAUCGAAAGCUUCUGGAUGGAGGAGACGCAGCCCAAGGAAGACGCCGAGAAGAAACCCGAGGCCAGCGACUUGCACGUCAGCAAAGUCCCUCUGCGGGGUGCCUACACGGCCGGCAAAGAAGAAGCCACUCCCGAAGAGGUGCGGCGAUUGCUCUCUUCCACGCGAACCAGCGUCGACGACUCGGAAAUCCCCAAUGUGUCUUUGACCACGGUCACCCCAAAGGUUGAAGAUGUCUGA